UUUUCUUUUUUUUUAUUUUUUCUUUUGAAAAACCAAAAAUGAUGGCAGGUACAAAUCAAAAUUUACCACCACCACUUCCUUCUGCCUCAGAACAUGAUUAUUUUAGAAAUUGUUUUGUUGAAGUGUUCUCAAACCAGAAAAAGGCAAUCAAAAUCUUUAACUUUGUUAACAAUAUAUUCAUUGACAUUUAUAAAAAAAACCCAUCAGAAUGGCAGAUAACUCUCCAACACUCUUUUCAAACCAGAGGAAAACUACAGUCUCUUAUCAAAUCUUUUAAUGAUUUUGAACAUACGUACUUGCUUAAUGGGUCUUCUUAUUUGGUUAUUAAUCGUUUUCUGUUGGUAUAUGUGAUUGGUGAAUUUUUUUUAAAAUUCACUCAAAGAUUUCCCAUUAUGAAUGAAGUUGCUGUGAAUUUAAACACUUUCAAUUCUACUUUGAAUUCUCCAAGACUAGAUGAAUCGAGUAGAAGAUUUUUUGUUUUCUCAGGUGCUCUCCUAUAUAACUCUUUGGCUGAUUCUUUAAAAAGAUUGAACAUUGCUUUAUCUCAUCUCCAACACUUUUUGGUAUCACCAAGAAAUUGGAAUGAUCUUGGUAUAGCUAAUCUCAAAUCGUAUUUGCAAGUCACAAAUAGGGAGCUAACUAACUCGAGAAUUGAUUUAUUAAAUGCCUAUGCAAUGAUUUUUCACAAUAAAUUAUUUUCAAAUUUCACUGAGGCAGAAAAGGGCUUGUUUAUUCAAAAUUUUGAAACCCAAGAAAACAACAUGAAGAAGUAUUUUAAAAAACACAAAUAAUUUGUGAUUAAUUUCCAGAUAAUUUUUUUUUGACAAUGUAUUUUUGAUUGGUUUAUAUUUUAAUUGGUUUUUUUAUGGAAAAAUGCAUUCAUUUAUUGCUACUUAUUUGAGAACAUUUUAUAUUUUAUAUGUUAUAUUUUAUAUUUUAUAUUUUACAUAUUAAUUUACAAGCGAUUUAAUUUUAUUUAUUGCUCCUAAUAAACAGUUUUUUGUUUAG